CUAAUCAUCAGACAUCAAGCUUUCCUCUACGGGCUUUACGGCUCAGCUCAGGGCCUUUACAAGUCUACUACUUGGCAAUUGCGUUCUAGUCAGCCAUACUACUACAGUAAAUUUUCGACUUUCUUUUUUUCAACACAUUUUUCGCUCUCGCGUCUGUCGCACGACAACGUUUCGAAUUCUGACCGUAGAGCCGAAGACGUUGAGCUCCGACUUACAGACAUACGAUCCACCGGUCGGUCAUUUAUCACCUCCGUCCUAUUCUUGUGUAUACGUGUACGUGUGUGUGUGAGUGUGUGUGCGCGCGCGUAUUGUACGUACCGUUUGCCCCGCGACGUUUUGCAGCGUUCGCGCGAGCGUGUGUGUGUGUGUAUCUUGCGUUUGUGUGCGUGUUCCUUUGAGGUUCGCGCCCGCGCAUUUGUGUCAACUCAUAGUCGGCUAUCACUUAACAGCAGCUUAGCUACUCGAACAAUAUAACAGCAGCAGCAGUCACCAUCGUCACCACCUUCGCCGGUUCUUUCACAUCUGCGAACAUUAGAUUGACGACAGCUUUACCAUCUUCUUGAUACCACUUGAGACGAGCAACGAACCAUGUCGUCAAAGAUCGAACAGAUACUAUUCAUCGAGCCACCGCACGAGCUCAAAUUCAAAGGUCCAUUUACUGAACCAGUUCAAACAAUUAUGUCUUUGAAAAAUCCAAGUGAAAGAAAAGUGGCUUUCAAAAUAAAAACUACGGCACCUAAGCGUUAUUGUGUAAGGCCAAAUUGUGGUGAACUUGGUCCUAAAGAAAAGGCAGAAAUUUCAGUAAUAUUGCAACCAUUCGACUAUGAUGCCAAUGAACGAAAUAAACACAAGUUUUUGGUACAGACUGUUCUUAUCGAUCCUGCUGCUGAUUAUGGUGAAGAUGGAAAAGCUUUUCAGUGGAGAGAUGUCGAUGAAGGUAGAAUAAUGGAUUCUAAACUAAAAUGCUCGUUUGAAAUGCCUACAGUUGAACAGUUAUUAGAAUCUAAAAACAUUCAUGAUGAUACCACAGCUGUACUAGAAACAAAUACUGAAACAGAACUACAAAAAGCAACCACUGAAGUAAAAGAAUUACGUGAGGAAGAGACAAUCUUAAGACAAGAAAAUAUGAAAUUGAAAGAAGAAUUAUUGCAACUUCAAUAUGAACUCAAAAACCAGCAAUCUCAAAAACGUUCUGUUGGUGGUAGUCAGCAUUUGGAUAUGCAAAACAGAAAUGCCAAUAUCACUUUGAUGGUUGGUCUGGCGAUAGUAGUAGCAUUGUUGGGUAUUAUCGCUGGAAAAUAUGUAUUUUAGUAAGAUAUUUUAAAUUUACGUUUGAAAAAGAAAACAUUUUAAUUUGAAAAUAAAUAUAUAAUAUUAAUUUAUAAAGCAAAAAAACAAAAAAAUUGUAUUUCAAAUUUUUAAUGCAAAUUCUUUGUGCAUAGUCCUAUCUAUUAAGGUCCAUAAAAAACAAUUUAUAAAUACAUAUUAUUAAGUUGCCAUCAAUAAUUAUAAUCCAAUAUUCUAUAGAUAUUCAUGCGCAUAUUAAUUUGGAAAAAUAUAUAAAUAAAAACCUUUCUUUUUGCACAGAUCAAUUAGCUUAUAAACCCGUUAUGGUGCAGGUAAUUAGUUAAAGAGUAUUUGGUUAUUGUUUUUUUCUUCUGUGAAAGUUAUUUUUUUUUUUAGUUUGAUUGAAUUUUUAACUGGUUAAUAUCUUUAAUAGCUAAAUAUAUUGGAUUACUGUUAUUCUCUCUUUCUAUCUUUUUCUAAUAGACUAAUAUUGUAUACAAACAAAAUGUAUUAUCUUUAUUCUAAAACAUGUGUUUUAUCUGUCAGUUCCAACUGUUUGUAUUUAUUUUUUAAUAAUAAAUUAUUGUAAUCUUGUAUGUAUUAAUAUCAAAUUCUUAUUUAUUGGUUUUUACUCUUAUUCUUAUUAUUACUUUUUUAAAUAUUUAUGUUAAAAUGUAUUCAUAUUGAGUAAAACAUAGUGUUAUUUACCAAUGUGAAAAAAAAACAAAAUAAUUAAAAACUUAAUAAUAUAAAUUAUUGUAAGUCUAUAGAAAAUAAAUCAUUUUGUUUUAAACUAAAUUAUGUGUUAUGUACAUAUUAUACAAUACAUACAUUUAUAUGCAUGAAUUUAGUGUUUGAAUAAUAUUUACAUUUUUAACAUAACUAUGUUCAAAAUUCAAUAAUUAUUAAACAAUGAUUAAAAUGUACCAAAUAUUAACACAUUAUUAUGAAAUCAAUUUAUUAUUGUACAUAUUUUUGAAAAACUUUAUGACUAUCACAUUUUAAUUGGAAACAUUAUUAAUAUUAUAUUACAUGACAAAUAUAUUUGUACUACUAAUGAGUAAUGUGAUACAAAUUAAAAUUAAAGUAAUUAAAAUGUAUAAUACAAUUUAUACUUUUCAGCAUAAUAAAAAUUAGGUACAAUAUUUUGUUUUAUCAUAAAAAUAGAUUAAUUUUUAGAAAUAUUGUUCAUUAAGGGGAUACUCGGCCAAAUGUAUUAUACUUAUUUUAUAAACAUACUUCAUAGAAAAUUUGAUUUCAGCAGUACCAAUUGUAUGUCUAUAACUUUGAUGUUAGUGAAUUAUUAAAAUCAUUAGUAAAAUUAUUGUGUUCUUUCGUUGGGAUUUACAAUAUUUACAUUUUUAAUAGAAUGCUUAGUUAUUAGCAUUUUAACAUUUAACAUAUGCUCCAUAUAAUUACUUAAAAAUUAAAAUACAGUAAACAAAAAAAACAAAAACAAAAGAGAACAUAGACAGAUUUAUUCUAACAUUAUAGCACAAUAAUAUUACAUCGGAACUGAUGAACACAAAUUUACCGUGUUGUAUGUUUAUAAGACAGACAACUAAUCUAACUCAACAGGGAUGGUGGUGGUGGUGUAUGGCGUCCUAUAACUUUAAAAUAAACUGUCUACUUUCAUAGAUGUAUACCAUAAUUUAUUAUCAAAAAUAUAAUGUUUAUUGGUUUUAA